GACAACAGNGGACUACCGAGAUCUGGCACGCCGCCAAACUUGAGAGCUCGUAUGCAAAGAGGUUUGCCAGAGAAGCGACCAAUCAAAGAUGUCAANAAAGUCAUUGCUGUAUCUUCGGCCAAAGGUGGUGUGGGAAAAUCAACAGUGUCUGGUAUGGGUCAGCGCCCAUCGCAAAAGUUGAGCUCUAGGCUAAGAACAAACNNAGUGAACCUCGCUCUAGCAUUCGCAAGAAGCGGCCUGAGAAGUGGUGUUUUGGAUACCGACAUCUUUGGCCCUUCGAUUCCGACUCUACUUGACCUUGAGGGAAACGAGCCAAGGUUGUCAGCCAGUGAGAACCCUCAAGCCAUUUCUGACAUUUAUGAGCCAUGGCUAAACAAUAAAACAGAUAACCAAUUGAUUCCGCUCACGAAUUAUGGACUGAAAUCUAUGUCUAUGGGCUAUCUUGUGCCGGAAACCUCGGCAAUCGUAUGGAGAGGUCUCAUGGUCAUGAAGGCACUCCAACAACUUUUGCAUGAGGUUGAAUGGGAUGGACUCGAUGUUCUCGUCCUUGAUCUCCCGCCAGGUACUGGUGAUGUACAACUGACCAUCACGCAGCAGAUUGUACUCGAUGGAGCGGUCAUCGUGUCAACACCACAGGAUGUUGCCCUUAAAGAUGCGGUCCGUGGUGUGGAGAUGUUCCGAAAGGUCAAAGUACCGGUAAGAUCUUCAACUUGUGUACUGCCUUGCAUCCAGCUGACAUUGUACACANNGAUUCUCGGUAUGGUUCAGAAUAUGUCUGCAUUCAUAUGUCCGAAUUGCUCCACCACGCAUUCCAUCUUUGGUCGCGAGGGUGUAAUCAAGAAGUGUGAUGAGAUGGACAUCAAGCUGCUUGCUGACAUACCUCUUCACCCCAGCAUCUGUGAAGACGCAGAUCGUGGAAAACCCACGGUGGUUGCAGAACCGGAUAGCGUUCGGGCACAAGUCUUCAAGGAUCUAGCGGCAGACCUUAGGAAGCAGUUGCAAUUUUGA